AAUAGGGCAGUUGUGUUGGUGAGGAGAGGUUACAGCUAGUUACGGGAAAUAUUCAGUGUGUGGAAAAAAAUAUAUAAUACAGGAAAAAUAGUUUUACUAAGAGGGCCGUGUUUAUAUGUGAGGAAUUUGGUGAAAGCGUUCAGGAAUCGCAAUAAGCUGCCUAAUUUACCGCGGAUCCAAGGCAUGGAUGAGGAGAGGUUGGUUGGAGGUCACCAGAGGGAAACUCUAGCAUGCUUUUAGACUUGACAUUUAUGGAUACAUCAGGAUGAAACGGCUCAGGUCUUCAAGCAGCAGUGACAGUUCUGACAAUGAGAGUCCUUCCACCUCCUUCUGCUCAUCCAACAAGUAUGGAAGUAAACCUGGAACCCCCGCCUCCAUGCCCAGGAAACCAGCAGAGGUGUUCAGGAAAGACCUGAUCAGUGCCAUGAAGCUGCCGGACUCUCACCAUGUCUCCCCUGAAGACUACUACCUGCUGGGGGACACCUGGAGACAGGAGUGGGAGAAGGGGGUGCAGGUGCCGGCCUUCCCCGAAACCAUCCCACAGCCCUCCAUCAGGAACAUAGCGGAGAAGCCUAAGGAGGUGUUGUUCACCCUCCAGAGGAGGUAUAUCCAGUGCUGGAGUCAGGACUCGACAGAGACGGGUUAUGUUAACAUCAAGGAGCUGGCUGAAGCCAUGUGUCCUUAUGAUCUGGAUGACAUGGACCUCUACUGGCUGCAGGCACUCAACGCUGAGCUAGGACACAUGGGGGAAGGGCCUGUAGACGAGUUGACGCUGGAGCGCACCAUGGAGGCGUUGGAGCGCCAGUGUCAUGACAACAUGAACCACGCCAUCGACACGGUAGAAGGGCUUGGCAUCGAGUACGACGAGGACGUCCUCUGUGACGUGUGCCGGUCCCCCGACAGCGAGGAGGGCAACGACAUGGUCUUUUGUGACAAAUGCAACAUCUGUGUUCACCAGGCGUGCUAUGGGAUAGUGAAGGUGCCAGAGGGUAACUGGCUGUGCAGGACAUGUGUUCUGGGAAUCGACCCCCAGUGUCAGCUGUGCCCCAUCAAGGGAGGGGCGAUGAAGGCUACGAGGGCGGGCACCAAGUGGGCACACGUCAGCUGUGCCCUGUGGAUCCCUGAGGUGAGCAUAGCGUGUCCAGAGAGGAUGGAGCCCAUCACCAAGGUGUCUCACAUCCCCCCCUCCCGCUGGUCUCUCAUAUGCAGCCUCUGUAAACUGAAGACUGGAGCCUGCAUACAGUGCUCCGUGAAGAACUGCACCAUCCCGUUCCAUGUGACGUGUGCCUUCGAGCACAGCCUGGAGAUGAAGACCAUCCUGGAUGAAGGAGACGAGGUGAAGUUCAAGUCCUACUGCCUGAAGCACAGCAAGCCCAAGAACCAGGCCUCCUCGGACCCACCGGCCCCCGGUCUCAGCCCCUCUCAGCCAGCCCACAGCCCGGCCCGGCCCAAACCCCCCAUAGACCCAGAGAGGGGGGGCCUGAGGGCCCAGAGGUUAUUAGAACUGGAGGAGGGGUUUUAUACUCUGAUCCACCCUGAGGAGCUGGCCCUGAACCUGGGCCUACCUCGCACCCUGCUGGACUUCAUCUACCAGUACUGGAAACUGAAGAGGAAGAGCAACUUCAACCGUGCUCUGCUGCCCCCUAGUGAGGAGGAGAACCUGCUGCUGUUGCCUCAUGAAGACAGCAUCCACACACGAAUGAGGAUGUUCAUGCACCUCCGACAGGACUUAGAGAGGGUGAGGAACCUGUGUUACAUGGUGAGUCGGAGGGAAAAGCUGAAACUAUCUCAGAGCAAAGCCCAGGAGCAGAUCUUCAACCUCCACGUCAAACUGCUCAACCAGGAGGUCUCCGCUGGUCUGCCUGUUUUGUUCCCGGUGGAGAGCAUGUUGUUCCGGCCUCCUCCCAGAAUCACCCUGAAGCUGAAGAUGCCCAAAGUGUCCCUGGGUAAUGGGAAGACCGGCUCCAAGUCAGGCAACGGCCCCCUCUGUCCGGAUAACAGCGGGAACGUUCACCAACGCAGUGGGGGAGGAGGGGGGCUGGGGAAGGGAGGGGGGCUGGGUAAGCCUCCGCUCCAGGGGCGAGGCAGGAGAGAGGAGCGCUCCAAUGGCAGUCUGUCUACCUCAGGUCAGUCACGUAGGGAGGUCAGUACCGCCACUGGACCAGCACUGACCAACAGUACGGCCAGAGGCUCAGCCCUGACCAUUAAACCGACUGGCAAGCCCCUGACUGGCAAGCCCCUGACUGGCAAGCCCCUGACUGGUAAACCCCUGACUGGUAAACCCCUGACUGGCAAGCCCCUGACUGGCAAGCCCCUGACUGGCAAGCCCCUGACUGGUAAACCAUUGGCGCUCCACACCGCCCUACAUGGCCACUCUUCCAAUGGAAAUGGCAAACUGGACCAAGAGCGGGCGGGGCCCGUCCCUAGAUCCAACGGCGUGAUGGGGAAGAUGGUGGGCGUGACCCAGAAGGACAGCUCCUGUCAGACCCCCAGCGAACAGGAAACCAGCGAGGGUUCAGGGGUUAAGGCCAGCCAAUCAGUCAGCUUCAGUGAUUCCACCAUGGAGCACUUCAGCCGGUCGUUCAAGGAGGCGACGGUCAGCUUGGUGCGGACCACGGAGGACCUGCGGGGGGACAAGCUGUCCCAGGGGGGUAAAGGCUCCAGAUCAGCCAAGGACCGGCCCUGGGCCAAACCAGCUCCUGGAGGCCCCCAGGGACCCGGUGGUACCAGAUCACCACCCUACCAGGAGACGGACGGAUACUGCCCGGACCUGGAACUCAGUGACUCAGAGCCAGAGGCUAAAGGUCAGAGGUCGAGGCAGGGUAGGGUGGCCCCGGGGGGUCAGGCAGGGGGAGACUACCACAAGGGGAAGCAGAACCUGGGGGGGUCCAGUAGGACCUCAGUACAGAGGUGACAGCCCUGACAUGACCUACGACCCUUCACCUCACGCCCCAGCUCUGUCAGAGCAGGCAGGCAGGCUGUGGGACAUUCAAGCUUUCAGAACCCAGAGCCCCUACACUGAGCCAGAGCACUGGCUGGGCCAUCUAUCUACAGUGCCUUGCAAAAGUAGUAACCUCCCUUAGCAUUUUUCCAAUUUUGUUGCCUUACAACCUGGAA